AUGAAGAAAGCACAACGGAUGGAGAGACAGCACAGGUGUUCAUCUCUAGAGCUUCUGAGAAGGGCUGCCUUUAACAACUUCAUGGAAGUUGGCUGCAGUGGGAGGGGCGUCAAAUUGGGCAGGUGGUUCUUCCAAGGGUUAGAAGCCCUUGAAGAGUCCAUUGAGGGGACCAUCUUGGCCAAGCUCUUUGUAGGAGAUCAACAGGCUGAACUGGAAGGCUCUCUCACACACUCCCUGUGCUACUUCUACCUGCAACUCUCAGAGCCCAGCCAGGGGCCACCUCAGUCCUUCAUCAGAGGCUACUUGGAUGACCAGCCCAUCGCUCGCUUUGACAGCCUCACCAGGAAGACGGAGCCUCUGGUGCCCUGGAUGGAGGGGGUGGAAAACCAGACCUUUCUGGCCCCCGAGUGGGUUUUCAGGACUGACCAGGAGAAGUUAUCAAAACAGGACCACCAUGCUGGAGGGCUUCAUAUCUGGCAGGCGAUUUUGGGCUGUGAGCUCAGGGAAAAUGGGAGCAAAGGAGGGUUUUUGCACUAUGGCUCCAACAGGUGGGACUUCAUCAGCUUCAAGAAUAAGACCCACAGAUUGGGGGCAGCUCAGCCCCAGGUCGAGAAUGUCAAGCUGAAGUGGAAGGAGGAUCCAGGGUGGUCAGAGAAAGUGAAAGUCUUCCUGGAGGAGAGCUGCAUUGAGGGGCUGCAGAGAUACCUGUCCUACGGGAAGGAGGCUCUGCAGAGGCCAGAGCCCCCGGCGGGGAAAGUGACUCGUAAAAUGGUUAAUAACAGCCUGGAGAUCCUCAUCUGCCAGGCCUAUGGCUUCUACCCCAAGGAGAUCCAGGCCACCUGGUGGAGGAAAAGAGAGGUCUGGAAGUACGAGACCCUCCGUAGGAACGUGGCCCCCAACUCAGACGGGACCUAUUAUGUCUGGCUCAGCACUGAAAUCAACCCCAAGGAAAGGAGCCAUUUUCGGUGUCACUUGGAGCAUAAGGGCUUGCAGAAGCCCCUGGUCUUGGCUUGGAAGGAGGAAACAGAUCUCUUUCAUGGACGCUUGAUAUAUAUGGUACACGGUAUAUGA